ACUGGAUCAAUCCUACAUCUUGAACUGGAGCGCUUGCAAUGAUAACUCUUCAGCGCUGGGAAUGGCGAGAAGAACAAGGCAACGAUCAAUGCGAUAUACAAUAUACAUACCCGUCAUGUUCAUACUCUCGGGGCAAUCUAUACGCUGGCAAGCACGUUUACGUACGCUUCGGUUCAGCCAAGCUGCGUCUGCCAUGGAAUAUCCUAUUUAUCUUACCUCCGUAUAUUUCGGGCCAAUGCAUCCUCCACCCGUGCCAGCCGAUAGUUUACUCCGUAGUGUCGAGAAAUCACCAGACGCCAGGUCAUCGCAUCUACGGAUACCCCCAAUGCCUACAUUAUCAGGGCAGCUGCCCGUGGUGCAGCAGGGUGCGCUCGCCGCUGAGUAUCGGACUGACGCCAGUGAGCCGCCCCAUGCAGUGAUGCACGGCGAUUUCGUCCCUCAGCGCUGAGUAUGGACGGAGUACGGAUAGUGUAGUGUUAGUGCGGCAAUACUACCCCCAAUACGAAGCUCCACCUAGACUCGUGCGCGAAGGGGGACAGGAUAGGGGUCUUGAUGCCGGAUGGUAAACGGCGACAAAUAGACCUGGAAUCUUACGGUAUUGAUCGUUGCGCU